GGGCUUGUUUUCACUGGGUUCACGCAGAGCCGUAGAUAAAUAACUUCUUCCCAUUCAAGCAGCCAGCGUGAACCCAGGGCCAUCAUAAGUACUUGGACAAGAUGUUUGAAAUAAAGAAGAUAUGCUGUAUUGGAGCUGGGUAUGUCGGUGGGCCCACUUGCAGUGUUAUCGCUCAAAUGUGCCCGAAAAUCCGUGUUACUGUCGUCGACGUCAAUGAAUCCCGAAUACAUGCCUGGAACUCAGACACCCUGCCUAUUUACGAGCCAGGUCUCAGUGAUGUGGUGUUUUCCUGUAGAGGAAAAAACUUAUUUUUCUCCACGGACAUUGAUGCUGCUAUCAGAGAAGCAGACCUGGUGUUUAUCUCCGUGAAUACCCCUACUAAGACGUAUGGCAUGGGAAAGGGCCGUGCUGCUGACCUGAAGUAUAUUGAGGCUUGUGCUCGCCGUAUUGUGGAAGUCUCGAAUGGUUACAAGAUUGUAACAGAAAAAAGCACAGUGCCUGUCCGUGCAGCUGAGAGCAUUCGAAGGAUAUUUGAUGCCAACACCAAACCUAGCCUCAACCUGCAGGUGCUGUCCAAUCCGGAGUUCCUUGCCGAAGGUACAGCAGUACGGGACCUGAAACAGCCAGACCGUGUGCUGAUUGGUGGAGAUGAAAAUCCAGAGGGCCAAAGGGCCAUCCGUGCAUUGUGUGCCGUUUAUGAGAACUGGGUUCCUGCAGCACGAAUCAUUACCACAAACACCUGGUCAUCUGAACUCUCCAAAUUGGCUGCAAAUGCAUUCUUGGCACAGCGCAUCAGUAGCAUAAACUCCAUCUCUGCACUUUGUGAGGCAACUGGAGCUGAUGUUGAAGAGGUGGCAAGGGCCAUUGGAAUGGACCAGCGCAUAGGAAGCAAGUUUCUGAAGGCUAGUGUUGGGUUCGGAGGGAGCUGUUUCAAGAAAGAUGUACUUAACCUGGUUUACCUAUGUGAGGCUUUGAACCUUCCAGAGGUUGCGUCCUAUUGGCAACAGGUCAUUGAUAUGAAUGAAUACCAGAGGAGAAGAUUUGCCAGCAGAAUCAUUGACUGUCUGUUUAACACAGUCACAGGCAAAAAGAUUGCCCUGCUUGGCUUUUCCUUCAAAAAGGACACAGGAGACACAAGGGAGUCCUCAAGUAUCCACAUUUCCAAAUAUCUCAUGGAGGAAGGUGCAAAGUUGCACAUUUACGACCCUAAAGUGCUCAAGGAGCAGAUUUUUCGGGAUCUUUCAGGGGAUUACCCAGAAAAUGUUGCUGAACUUGUGACUGUGACCGAAGAUCCAUAUGAGGCCUGUGAAGGAGCACAUGCGCUAGUCAUCUGCACAGAGUGGGACAUGUUCACGGGACUGGACUACCAGAAGAUAUACGGGCGCAUGCUGAAGCCAGCAUUCAUAUUUGAUGGACGGAGAGUGUUGGACCACUUACACCCAGAGCUCCAGAACCUCGGUUUUCAGAUCGAGACUAUUGGGAAAAAGGUAACUCCAGCCUACAUUCCCUUCACUCCCCCUGCUGGAAUAGUUCGGAACCCACUUGAACCACCAAAAAAGAAAGCCAAAAGUUCUUUUCAGUAAUCCAAAUACAAAUCACAUUUCUCUGCUAUAGUUAUCUCUGUAUAAUUCAUACAUGGUUCUGCUUGGGAAUCCCUUGUUUUAUCAAAGUACCCUGUUCUGUCUAAUGCCUAAGUUGUAUAAUUAUUGUAGUGAUUUUCUACCUUUUUGGAAAACAUGGAUGUAUCAUUUCUUGGGACUAGAUGUCUGUUUCACUUUUCUAAAAAAAAAAAAUCUUUUAAUAUAUUUUGAAUUGUAAAAAGUGAAAGGCUGUAAUAUGGGACCAAUCAAAUAAAACCUCAUUUUAACAUUUUAA